AUGAUUGUCGCAUGCGAUAGACCGCCUGUCGAGCAUCUGCGCCCGCCCAACCCGCCUACGCGAGACGUCGGAGCUGCUAGCAUGGAAAUCGUCACCACGGAGGAGAAAUCAAGGAUCUUCCCCCAGUACUCCGGCCCCCCGCCUCCAAUGCAUCGCAUCCCGCCCGCGGAAGCGCCGCAUGGCUUGCCAGGGGCCCCGGGCCUGUACGAUCAGCCAUGGCGCCCGUAUCCCCCAUAUGAAAACCACCAUGCCGAACCACGGCGGGUCGCGAACAAUGCUCCGCAGCCUCCACUAUCCACGCAUCCCAACUACCCCCCAAUGCACAGUCGGGAGCUGCCACAGCUCCCUUCGGACGGUCCUUUUAGCCGGCCCGCCAGCCUACCUGUGCCCGCAGCCCACGCACCCCCCGAGCCCCCUCAGCCGCAGCAUGCCAAUUACCACCCGAUGAACGGUGCCAUGAAUGGCGCACCACCGGAGGCGUCGCCCGUCUCUGCGCCCGACUACGCCAGAACUCGCAUGUCGUUUCCACCCCAGGAGCAGAUCGCCCACAGCAAUGGAGAUCCCCCGCCGCCGCCGCAAUCGCUCCCUCCGAAUCAAUAUCCAACCACUGUUCCGCCGCCGAUGACUCACACGCCAGCUCCUAAUUACGACCCCAAUUACAAUUUCCAGAAUAGGAACCGUAAGCCGACUCGGGCGCAGCAGGCCUGCGACCAGUGUCGAACAAGAAAAGCAAAGUGUGAUGAGGGGCGACCAGCGUGCAGCCAUUGUAAAGAGAACAACUAUGUUUGCGUCUAUAAAGAAGUGCCCCCGCACAAGCAGGACAAGUCCACGCAACUUUUGUUGGACCGGAUACAGCAGUUGGAUGAUCAGUUAAAUGUUAGGCUCGAGGCUGCGGAGCGGCUUCACCUCGGUCACGACAAGACUCUUGAUCAGAUGUUCAAGGUCGUCGAGUGGAUUCGCGAUCAAGUGCCUCGAGUUUGGUCGCAGUACCCAGUAAUUAAGGCGGACGGCUUUGAUGCUCCCCAGAAACCUGAAACAAAGGAGCUAGUGACUACGGAAGUUGCGAAACCUAACGAGUUUGACCCUUUCACCAAAUCACUCAUCCAGACUGGAGAGGAUGGCGAACUCUCCAUCCCCGUGGAGCAUACAACAGCAGCGCAUAAAUUGCUCACUUGGCCGACAAUCAAGGAACUGCUUCAUGGCUAUGACGAGAAUUAUGUGAUGAGGCUUGAACAGUCUCGCGGACUGGUUCGAUUUGAGGGCCGGGGCGAGACGCAGGGAAUGGACGAUGGACUAGGCUAUGAGGUUCCUUCACAGCAAACGAGCCUCAGCACCAGCUUCGAUGAUAAUUUUUCUCAGUACACUACCCCCACAGGUGCGCCCUGGAGUACAGCUCCUAAGUAUAACGAGGCUCCUCCUGAAGUCAGGGGUAUCGAUGAGUUUGGCGUGAUGUCGAUAGAUGCUGAUACUGUCCGCCGUUAUGUCAAGAGCUACUUGGAACACAUACACAGACUCCAUCCCUUCCUGAAUCCGGUCGAUCUAGAAAGGAGAAUUGAUGAAUUCAUCGCCAUGCAUUGUCCGACGAGCUCCAUGUCAGCACAUGGACUUAGCGCGAGGAAUCCGAUCGAUACAUCCAACAGGGGUGCUAAACGGAAACGAUCUGGUGAAACCUUACAGGCAAUGGGUUAUGAUGGACGGUCGCCCACGUCAGGGAAUUCUGACGGUAUCCCGCCGCGGAGAGUGGAGAAAACAAUGCGAAACGCAAUCAUCCUGCUUGUACUGGCGCUCGGCCGCAUCUGCGAAGUUCGUGACGAGCCAAUUCGUGGGCCAUGUAUCGACCACGUUAUCGACUACCGCACUGAACAAAUCCCUGGAGCACCACGACGCGGCCCGAGACCUGGACCGAGAACUCCAGCUGGGACAGAUGCAUUGCCCCUUCAUCAGGGCAGCUUUCAUUCACCAUAUGACGACCGCUUAGCACCUACUCCUACUGCAACGGAUGAGAGGUUCAUCACUCUCCCAGACCCCCCUCACCUGAAAAAUGUGGACACCGUUCCGGGUUUUGUGUACUACGCCUAUGCCGCUGGGAUUCUAGCUGCAAGUCAAGGGGCAACAUCACUUCCUUAUGCCCAGGCUGCUUUAUUGGCGGGCUUGUAUAUUGGCCAGCUGGCACAUCCUUUUCAGAGUCAUUCCUGGAUCGCACAGGCAGCAAGAGCAUGUCAGAAUCUUACCCUAGCGAUGAACUAUGGGAGCCUGGAAGGCGAUGAGAAGGACCUUGUCUGUUUUGCUUACUGGACUUGUCUGCAGCUUGAAAGUGAUAUUUUGGCCGAGCUGGAUCUUCCUGCUAGCGGAAUUUCCCGCUCCGAGUCACGUAUCGACCUCCCCCUAGGCUCAAUGCUCAAAUUAUCCAACACUAUCUCGGAGCCCGAUACGAUGAUGAUGUUCUUCUACUCCACGCAAAUACACCUCCGGAAAGUACUAAACCGUGUGCAUACAGAUUUAUACAAAGUUAUCAAGAAAGGAGAAAACAAGUGGAACGGGACUACACAGGAAAUCCUUAGCAUGAAUCUUGAAUUAUGGAGGAGUAGUCUCCCCCCAGAAAUGAGGUGGAAUGACAACGAUCCUCCAUCCCCCGAUAUCAACCAUGCGCGCAUGAGGGCCAAGUAUUGGGGUGCGCGGUACAUCAUCCAUAGGCCGGUGCUCUUCCAUGCCCUACAUUUCUUAGGACCGAACGCAUCAGGAUCGGCAGUGGAUUCGCCGGCUGGACUUGCAGGAUCUCACACAUCGCCGUCCUUGGCGCACGGCCAACGCGCUACUGAUAUGACGCGCAUUUCAAGUGACUUGGGCACGUUGCAGAGCUCAAAUGGGGCUCAUUCAUACCGUGAUCUUCCACCGAAGAUACGCAGGGCAUGUGGAUUGUGUGUGCAAAGCGCUAUUCAGAGCACCAUCGCUUUUGACGGGGUCAAAGGCCGCCCAGUGGUGACGAACAUUUUCGGUACUGCUCAUGCGCAAUUUGGGAAUAUGCUGGUCCUAUCCACCACAUACUUGUCACACCUCCAGGAGCUUGUGGAUCGGAACGACCUCGAGAGACUUCUGCGGAGAACUAUUGCUUUCUUGCUCCGGAACCGAAACAUCUCGCCGACGUUACGGGUUGAUGCAAAGAUCCUCACUGAUAUAUACGAGAAAAUAUUCGAGGCGCCGCCCAUUCUUACCGACGUAAAUUUACCACACUAG